UCGCGCGCUUCGGUCGAUCUGAUAACGAAAGGAGGAAGAAGAAAUGGUCUCGACUCUCUCGGGGAUUCGCUUCCCUCUCCUACCUUCCGCCCACACCUCGCAUUCCAGCUUCAAUGGCGAUCGGAGGACCUCCGGCCUCUCUCUCUUCCUCUCCAAUACCUCCUUCUCUCGGAAGAUCUUUGUUGGAAAGCCUUCGUAUGAUUCUAAUUUGCCAUCUUUAGCGGUUGCUGCAUCGAAGAAAAUGCUUGUUCCUGACAGCCAGAGUGAUGGCUCUUCGUCUUUGAAGAAGGAGCAGUCGGGAGGUGCGAGUACAGUUCCAGAGGAUUCUCAGGUGAUUCAGGAUGUAGAUAAUGUAGCAAAGGAAGAUGAAGAGAAGCUUGAGGAUGCCCCUUCAAUAGUUGUGGACAAUGUUGAUGAGGCUGAAGCCAAGGUUGAGGACACACCUCGUCCCUUAGAAGUGAAAGCAAGUACUGCUGCAAACAAAGCUACAGGAAAGACAAUUCCACCGCCUGGCAAUGGGCAAAAGAUAUAUGAAAUAGAUUCACUUUUGGUGGGUCACCGCGAUCACCUUGAUUACCGUUAUGGACAAUACAAAAGGCUGCAUGAGGAGAUUGACAAGUACGAAGGUGGUUUAGAGGUGUUUUCUCGUGGCUAUGAGAAGUUUGGCUUCACACGCAGUGCCGAAGGUAUCACUUAUAGGGAGUGGGCACCUGGAGCAAAGUCAGCAUCACUGAUUGGAGAUUUCAACAAUUGGAACACAAAUGCAGAUGUGAUGAUUCAGAAUGACUUUGGAGUCUGGGAGAUCUUUUUGCCAAACAAUGCAGAUGGCUCACCUCCAAUUCCACAUGGUUCUCGAGUGAAGAUCCGUAUGGAUACUCCUUCAGGCAUCAAAGACUCGAUUCCUGCUUGGAUCAAGUUUUCCAUACAGGCUCCAGGUGAAAUCCCAUACAACAGCAUAUACUAUGAUCCACCAGAAGAGGAAAAGUAUGUAUUUCAACAUUCUCAGCCGAGUAGACCAAAAUCACUUCGCAUUUAUGAGGCACAUGUUGGAAUGAGUAGCACGGAGCCCAAAAUUAACACAUAUGCUGAAUUCAGAGAUGAUGUGCUUCCACGCAUUAAAAAGCUUGGUUACAAUGCUGUUCAACUCAUGGCUAUUCAAGAGCACUCCUACUAUGCUAGCUUUGGGUACCAUGUCACCAAUUUUUUUGCUCCUAGCAGCCGCUGUGGAACCCCUGACGACCUAAAGUCUCUAAUAGAUAAAGCUCAUGAGCUUGGUCUGCUUGUACUCAUGGAUAUUGUUCACAGCCAUGCAUCAAAUAACACAUUGGAUGGUUUGAACAUGUUUGAUGGAACCGAUAGUCAUUACUUCCACUCGGGGUCUCGAGGAUAUCAUUGGAUGUGGGAUUCCCGCUUGUUUAAUUAUGGAAGCUGGGAGGUUUUGAGGUAUCUUCUUUCAAAUGCAAGGUGGUGGCUGGAAGAAUACAAGUUCGAUGGGUUCAGAUUUGAUGGUGUGACUUCAAUGAUGUACACUCACCAUGGAUUGGAGGUAGCAUUUACUGGAAAUUACAGUGAGUACUUUGGGUUAGCAACCGAUGUAGAUGCUGUUACUUACCUGAUGCUGGUUAACGAUUUGAUUCAUGGGCUCUACCCUGAAGCUGUUACCAUUGGUGAAGAUGUUAGUGGAAUGCCAACAUUCUGUGUUCCUGUUAAAGAUGGUGGUGUUGGAUUUGAUUAUCGCCUGCAUAUGGCUAUUGCUGAUAAAUGGAUUGAGCUCCUCCAGAAAAUGGAUGAAGAGUGGCAAAUGGGUGAUAUUGUUUUCACACUCACCAACAGAAGGUGGGGGGAGAAUUGUGUUGCUUAUGCCGAAAGUCAUGACCAAGCUCUUGUUGGUGACAAAACAAUUGCAUUUUGGCUGAUGGACAAGGAUAUGUAUGAUUUCAUGGCUGUGGAUAGACCAUCAACUCCCCUUAUAGAUCGUGGAAUAGCAUUACAUAAAAUGAUUAGGCUUAUUACUAUGGGAUUAGGCGGAGAAGGAUAUCUGAAUUUCAUGGGAAAUGAAUUUGGACAUCCUGAGUGGAUUGAUUUUCCAAGAGGCGUUCAACAUCUUCCAAACGGAAAAAUAGUCCCUGGGAACAAUAACAGUUUUGACAAAUGCCGACGUAGAUUUGAUCUUGGGGAUGCAGAGUAUCUAAGAUAUCAUGGAAUGCAAGAAUUUGAUCGAGCAAUGCAACAUCUUGAAGAAACCUAUGGUUUCAUGACUUCUGAGCAUCAAUACAUAUCACGCAAGGAUGAAGGAGACAAAAUUAUCGUCUUUGAAAAGGGAGACCUGGUUUUUGUCUUCAAUUUUCAUUGGAGUAACAGCUAUUCAGACUACCGAGUUGGCUGCUUAAAGCCAGGAAAGUAUAAGAUUGUCUUGGAUUCGGAUGAAAAGUUAUUCGGAGGCUUCGAUAGGAUUGAUCACAGUGCUGAAUACUUCACUACUGAUGGGUGGUUCGAUGAGCGGCCUCAUUCUUUCCUACUGUAUGCACCUUGUAGAACAGCAGUGGUCUACGCCUUCAUAGAGGGACCUAAAAAGUUUGAUAUCCAACUCUAAUUCAAUUCCGUUGCUCAAAAUGUCUACAUCCUCCCGCACUCCUAAAACCAGACGCGCUGUACGUUAGCUAAUAAAAGUGCCGUCAACAUGGAAUUCCGCCGUUGCCUUCGGCAGUUAUGCUACGCCAAAGUCGGAAGAACGAGGUUAACAAAGUAAAACCAGAACUUAAAACUGCUAAGGUGAGAGAUUUUGGGCGGAAGUUUAGGAGACCAGUGUCUUUCAUAGGCCUAUGGGAAAGUAGACUAACAUGGCAGUUUGUUUUCCAAGCUAGAGAUUUUCUAAUGUACAGAUGGAGCAUGUAGCUGAUCGUGGUGUUACAUAAGUUGGCAAACAUUUGGGCUUGCCAAGUUUUGUUAUCGAACAUGCUUCGAUGGUUGUUUUUUUCUUUCAAACGAUGUACUUACAUAACGGAUAAAAGAAUUUAAACUUGAGCGCA